GCUUAGUAGUCCGCUCACAGCGGUCGAUAGAACACGCCAUUUACAGUGGUUUGUGAAAUUGAAAAAAAUAUAUUUAAUUUGCUAACAGUUGUUAUUAAAGUAAAUCAUACGGACAUACAGAUAUAAUAAUAUUACUUGGAAUUGAUUAAUCGCAAAAUAAAAAUCUACGCGGUGAAAUAUCAAUAAAAGUCAUCUGCGAAAGUUCUGUGUUUGUGUAAAGCCGUCCGGUUUCGUUUACAAGCGAGCGCAGUAUGCAAUUCGCUGUGUUUUUGUUGUUGGCGCUUUCCGGUUUCAGCGCGGAGGUAUUGGCCACCAAACCGCCAAAAUGGGAUGAAACUUACAUCACCAAGGGUACACUGUACAUACCGUAUGCCGAAAUUGCCGAACCCUUCUACGCCUGGUAUGAUAAGACCACAAAACGUUCUCGUAUCGACUAUUAUGGUGGCAUGGUGAAGACCUAUCAAUUGGCCAGCGUUAUGCCUUAUGGCACGUCACUCAAAUUAGCGCCCAUUACCACCGAUGAGGAAUUGAAUAAGGUCACGUGUUUGCAAUUGAAUGGUACCGCCGAAAAUCGCGUACAAAUACAAACUAUACUACCGGAUGCUAGAAAUUUCACACUUUUGGGUACUGAAAGUUUUCUCGGUUUCACUUGUGACAAGUUCCGACUUGAAGAGGUGAUCGGUGAGAAGCGUAAUGUUUAUACACUGUGGGUGCGCUAUAAGAAAUCGCCACACUAUCCCGCGGCACGUCAACCGAUACCAGUACGUUAUGAGAUGCGCGGUUACAACACUUUGUUGGGUUCACAUUUCGAUCAUUACUUCUUGGAUUAUGACAGUUAUGAGCACGAUGAUAUACCAAAUGAGGUCUUCGAAUUGGAUGACAGUAUGCCUUGUGUAGCUUUCCCGGGACCCGGUGCUGGACACUAUGCAACAUUCAAUCCAAUGCAAGAGUUCGUGCAUCCCGCUAAGGAUGAACAUGUUGAGCAUUCGUUCAAUCAUUUCAAAACUAAGCACGGCAUCAAAUAUAAGACCGAUAAGGAGCAUGAAUAUCGCAAAAAUAUAUUUAGGCAAAAUUUACGUUUCAUACAUUCGAAGAAUCGUGCACGUUUGAGCUACACGCUGGCGGCCAACCAUUUGGCUGAUAAGACCGAGGAAGAAUUGCGUGCGCGUCGUGGCUUCAAAUCGUCUGGUAUUUACAAUACAGGCAAACCAUUCCCCUACAAUAUUGAAAAGCUUAAAGAUGAUCUGCCCGAUCAGUAUGAUUGGCGUUUGUAUGGCGCUGUAACGCCUGUUAAGGAUCAAUCCGUUUGCGGUUCGUGCUGGUCCUUCGGCACCAUUGGUCACAUCGAAGGUGCAUAUUUUCUGAAAAAUGGCGGUAAUUUAGUGCGACUUUCGCAGCAGGCGCUCAUCGAUUGCUCCUGGCAAUAUGGCAACAAUGGUUGUGACGGCGGCGAAGACUUCCGCGCCUAUCAAUGGAUGAUGAAAAUGGGCGGUGUACCAACGGAAGAGGAUUACGGUCCCUAUUUGGGUCAAGACGGCUAUUGUCAUGCACAAAAUCUUACACUCGUUGCACCGAUCACCGGCUUCGUGAACGUGACUUCAGGCGAUUCGAAUGCUUUCAAAAUUGCUUUGCUCAAGCACGGACCACUUUCGGUGGCCAUCGAUGCAUCGCCACGUUCGUUCAGUUUCUAUGCGCAUGGUGUGUACUAUGAGCCGGAAUGUAAGAACGGCUUGGAUGAGUUGGAUCAUGCCGUGUUGGCUGUUGGUUAUGGCACCAUACAAGGUGAGGAUUAUUGGUUGGUAAAGAAUUCGUGGUCCACCUACUGGGGUAAUGACGGUUACAUUUUGAUGUCGGCAAGGAAAAAUAAUUGCGGCGUCAUGACUAUGCCAACCUAUGUGGAAAUGUAAGGUCGAACAUAUGUAUAUUUACCUAUAUCUAUAUAUACACUUUAUUUACAUAUUUAUGUAUAUACAUAUAUACCUAAGUA